AUGGCAUCCGUGAAUUCUCAGGAGCAAUUGAUCUCCGGGAUCAUUGCUCGGCUGUCGCAAACUCCCUACGCCUGUAGUACACUCACCCGGAUACCAAGCGGAACGACGAAUUUAGUGUGUCGAGGCAAACUUAUCGUACCACUUGAAUUUCCUGACAAUACUACAUCCGCCAAUGAUGACACAAUCAUCGUGAAGCAUAGCGUUGGUCAUGCUUCCGGUAACCAGGAGAUUCGGCUGGAUCUCACACGUGUAGUCCGUGACCCCAAGACCGAGAUACAAACGCCCCUAUUACUCGCAGAAUAUCCUACAACCUCGCCAGACAUCCAUCAUAACAUCACGCCAUCGCUGCACGUCUUUGCGGAUUUCGGGAGAAGCAACAUACUUGCCGAAGUCCCGAACGACUCAAUAAAAGACACUGGUCGCGCACUGGGAGGAUGGUUGCGCGGAUUCCAUGAUCAGACCUAUUCGUCGUCAACAGAACUUCUGUCAUUGAGCCGGGUCGUCAUGACUAACGAAGGCAUGAGAGAGCUGAAAAGGAAGAUCUCUUAUGAAGCCGUUCUUUCAAUUCUCGAGGAGAAUUUCAGCAACAUAUUGGAAGAGGGCGAUAACGUCAGAGAUACUAUACAAGAGGCUGUCGAUGCGGGUUGUCGUGAUUUAUCGGUUUCCUGCUCGGACAUGCAAACUACGGAACGAACAAACUCUUAUGGGAUCAUCCAUGGUGACCUUUGGACCGGAAACCUCCUAGUAUCGCUAGGCUCACAAGAGUCAGCACCUCCUUCAAAAGAUAUCAAUCUGACGGUGUUGGACUUUGAAUUCACACAGUUCUCCCAUUUCGCAGUCGACUUGGGACAGAUGCUUGCAGACCUCUACGAGAAGGGUCACUUCUAUCUCCUUCCGCGUGCGCUCAUCCGCGCAAUGAUCAAAUCUUUCUUCGAAGGCUACGGUGAAAUUGAUGAAGAGUUGAAGAGAAAGACGUUGAUACAUGCGGGCGUGCAUAUGAUCUGUUGGUUUAUUCGGCGAAAUCCCACGGCUCCAAUUCGGGAGCCAAUGGAGAGAGUUGAAUCUUUAAUGAGGACCGCGGUGAAGUGGAUUCAGAUCGGGAAAAGCCAGAAUGAAGAUUACGAACUGGGAGCUAUGGGCGACACGUUAUAUGGUUAG